UCUCAGACAGACACUUAUUCAACAACACUGCCACCUGAAGCACAAUACUUUUUUGCGCUGCGUGUGUCAAUACGUCGUUCACUUCGCCUCUCCUUUAUGUCUAGGAUGCUGAACCUCCACUUUCAUCCCGGCAUGAUUUUAUUCUUCAUAUGGCUUUGUCAUCUUAUGGAAGAUCAAAAAGUUCAAGCUGGCAACUGCUGGCUGCAGCAGGGUAAGAACGGGAGAUGCCAGGUGCUGUACAUGCCAGGCAUGAGCCGCGAGGAGUGCUGUCGAAGUGGCCGGCUGGGCACGUCAUGGACCGAGGAGGACGUGCCCAACAGUACUCUCUUUCGGUGGAUGAUUUUCAACGGCGGGGCUCCCAACUGCAUACCUUGCAAAGGUGGAGAAACCUGCGACAACGUCGACUGUGGACCUGGCAAGAGGUGCAAGAUGAAUCGGAGGAGUAAACCACGCUGCGUGUGUGCCCCAGACUGCUCCAACAUCACCUGGAAAGGACCAGUGUGUGGCUCUGACGGGAAGACCUACAAGGAUGAGUGCGCAUUGCUCAAGUCGAAAUGCAAAGGCCACCCCGAUCUUGACGUCCAAUACCAGGGAAAGUGCAAGAAAACGUGCCGCGACGUUCUGUGCCCCGGCAGUUCCACGUGCGUGGUGGACCAGACAAACAACGCCUACUGCGUGACGUGUAACCGCAUCUGCCCCGAGGUGACGUCGCCCGAGCAGUACCUGUGCGGGAACGACGGCGUCACCUACGCCAGCGCCUGCCACCUGAGACGGGCCACGUGUCUGCUGGGCAGAUCCAUCGGCGUGGCGUACGAGGGCAAAUGCAUCAAGGCCAAGUCGUGCGAGGACAUCCAGUGCAGCACUGGGAAGAAGUGUCUGUGGGACGGGCGGAUGAGCAGGGGCCGAUGCUCCCUGUGUGAGGACGCCUGUCCCGACAGCCGCGGCGACGAGGCGGUGUGCGCCAGCGACAACGCCACUUACCCCAGCGAGUGUGCCAUGAAGCAGGCCGCGUGCUCUCUGGGCGCGCUCCUGGAGGUCAAGCACUCAGGAUCUUGCAACUCCAUCACCGAAGACCAGGACGAUGAUGAGGACGAUGAGGACUCAGACUACAUGGCAUAUGUCCAUUUAUCAUCUGUACUGGAUGGAUAGGCCGCCAUCACUAAAAGGAACAAUCCUAGGGCAAGGGAUCAUGUCCAUACUGUACAUUAUGUGUAUGCUUAUUUAUUUUUAAAGAAAAAAGGAAGUAUACAUAUAGUUCAGUCUGCUAGAUGUUUAUUUAUACUGUGUUUUUGUGUUUUAUAAUUUAUACAUUUACAUUGUCAGGCUUACUAUCUACCAUGAUAUAUUGUGAUACCACUCAUGUUCCCCCCUUUUUUGUUAUUACCCCCUUUCUCUUUUUUAUCAUGAAGAAAUAUAUAUGUCCAAGGAGAAGCAGUGUUAUUUAUUUGUCAUGUUACUGUGUACGUAAUGAAAAAAAAGUCUUCUGCAAGCUGUACAUUGCAUUCCCCGAGCUGUAAAAAUCUGCUUGUUUCAGUCAAAUCUUUAUCACAGAUGUUUAUGUCACACAUACGUAAAUGCAUGUUUAGGCUGUGUGUUUAUUUAUUGGGAAUAUAUCAAUCAUUUUAUGUACAGAUGUGUUUCUGGUUUGUUUACAACUCAUGAUAACUGACCAAAGGGAUUCUCUCAGUGGUACUGCAACGAUGCAUUGUGAACGGUAGGAUUGAAAAGUAAAAAAAUCUAAAAACAAAAAAAACAAAUAUGCUCCACUUCUUUGUUGUUAGCCUGCGAGUUAAAGUUACCUUUAGAUAUGUAUCUACAUGAAGGUGUCAACUUUUGGACAUUGUUCACUAAUAUUAUUUUUUCUUGUCUCUCCAUAUUUGAACAGAAAGGAGAUGUUGGACAAAUUGUGAUUCUUUGGGAAAACGUGUGCCAUUAACAUUUGAGUGCUGUCUUUUUGCCAAUGUGCUCCAUAUUGCUCUUGCAGAGCUUAACUAGUUUAUCAGCAGUUCAUAACACUAUAUCAUACUUCAUCACUGGUUCUUGCUUUUGUUAUCAGAUUGCAUUUUUAUUUCAAACAAUCACAAUAGAAAUACAAAAUUCUGUUAUGAAUAUAUAGUUUUGUAUUUUUUAUGUAAAUGUCACAUGUACAUACAAAGUUUGAUGGUAUUUGUACAGAUAUGAAGAGUGAAACAAUAAAUUUUUUCCUUAUACUUAA